GAAAAGUCAAUCUCUCUCAGAAUUAAGCUUAACUAUUUUAAUUCUCACUUCACUUUCUGGAUAAUUCUAAAGUCGUAUUUCUUGUAAAAUUAAUAAAAGAAAAAAAAAAAUGGUGACGCUUCUGAGUUAUGCAUAUAAUUAAGAUGGUAAUUAAGCUAGUUAAUUACUUCCUGUUCUAGUAAUCAAGAAUCUAGAGUUUUGCUUAGCCUCAAAACUGAAAUAGUGAAAUGACGAAAGACUUGAUUUUUGCCUUUCUAAUUUGUAUUUCUCUCUUCGCACUUGAUGCCAACGCCCAAAUUGAUCAAUCAGGAUUCAUAAGCAUAGAUUGUGGAACUCCUCAAGGUCCCAACUACAUGGAUGCAGCUACCGGACUACACUAUGUACCGGAUUCAGGGUUCAUGGAUACAGGUGUUAAUGGUACUAUCUCGACCGAGUUUCAGGCUAAUGGCCUGGAACAACAGUUGUUCACCCUCACAAGUUUUCCUCAAGGAAUAAGAAAUUGCUACACUAUUAGAUUUUCUCAAGGAAAAGGAAAGAAAUACCUGAUCAGGACAAGAUUUUUGUACGGAAAUUAUGACGGGAAAAGUCAACCACCAAAUUUCGAUCUUCAUCUUGGAGUUGACUUUUGGGACACGAUUAAAAUCGACAAUGCUUCAAGUCCGUUACUUAGAGAGAUCAUACACAUUCUCUCAUCGGAUUUUGUACAUGUGUGUCUAGUAAAUACUGGGCGAGGAACACCAUUUAUUUCCACACUUGAACUGAGACUCUUGAACUCAAGCAUGUACGAGACCAAAUCCGGGUCACUACAGAAUGUCAUGCGCCUUGAUCUUGGAUCAACAUCCUCUCAAUUAGUUAGGUACCAAGAUGACAUAUACGACCGCUUAUGGUUUCCAUAUAAUAACGUGGAAAACACGGUGCCAUUGAGUACAUCUUUACCCAUAGAUAACACCUUGGAGCAUGGCAACGCUUAUCGACCACCACCAAAGGUGCUGAGCACAGCAAUAGCGGGCGAAAAUGGAAUAUCAUUUUCGUGGGAACCUGCAAAUGCAACAGACGAGCAAUAUAUCUACCUGCACUUUGCGGAGAUUGAAGCCGACCAUGUGAAUAGGCAAUUCAACAUAUAUGUUAAUGGAAAAUUAUUUGAUGAACCAUUAGCUCCGGACUAUUUGUCCUCAACCACAGUUUUUUCAACAUCACCUCUAACGCCAAGAGCCAAGUACCAAAUCACCCUCAAUAAAACGGGAAAUUCAAUUCGUCCCCCCACCAUCAAUGCCCUUGAGAUUUAUAAAGUGGUCAGGCAAUUCAUAACCUCUCAAACGUAUGACCUGGAUGUUGAGGCUAUUAUGAAUGUCAAAUCGACGUAUGGAGUUAAAAAGAACUGGCAAGGAGAUCCGUGCGGCUCUGAAGAUGAUACUUGGAAUGGCGUCACAUGCAAAUAUGAUGUGAAUCCUCCAAGAGUUAUAUCCUUAAACUUAUCUUCAAGUGAAUUACAUGGGACUAUAUCGCCUUAUAUUACAAAUCUCACAAAGCUAGAGUCGCUGGACUUGUCAAACAAUAAACUGACAGGGGAGGUGCCUGCCUUUCUGUCUCACCUAGCCUUCUUACGAGUCCUAGACUUGAAAGGAAACAGUUUCUCCGGUCAAAUGCCUGAAGAGUUGCUGGCAAAAUCAAGAAAUCGAUCUCUCUUGUUGAGCUACGAUGAAGGUGGUGACAAAUUUGGGAAGAAAAAGAAGCUUAGUGCUGGAGCACUGGCAUCAAUUGUUAUAUCCGUGGUGGUCUUGGGCCUCUUGGCUUUAAUAGUACUUUUUUGGAUGAUCCGAAAGAAAAACCAGCAAGCUGGGAAGAUCACUGAAACGGAGAGAAAACCGAGUCCAAAUAUUGCAUUGGAGUUGAAAAGCCGGCAGUUCACAUACUCAGAGGUCUUACCCAUGACAAAUAACUUCCAGAAAGUCCUUGGAAAAGGAGGUUUUGGUACAGUUUAUCUUGGCUAUGUCGAUAACCGUGACGUGGCUGUUAAGAUGCUAUCCCCAUCUUCUGCUCAAGGGUUUAAGGAGUUCCGUGCUGAGGCAAGUCUCCUGAUGAGCAUUCAUCAUAAGAACUUGAUAUCUAUAGUUGGGUAUUGCGUUGAGGGAACUCAUAUUGGUAUCAUUUACGAAUACAUGCCCAAUCGAAGCUUAGACAUGCAACUAUCAGAUAAAAAUCCAAAACCUUUAACGUGGGAGGAAAGACUUCAAAUAGCGCUGGAUGCAGCACAAGGAUUGGAGUAUCUACAUCACGGUUGCCAGCCACCAAUAAUACACAGAGAUAUCAAGUCUAGCAAUAUUCUGUUAGAUGAUAAAUUCCAAGCAAAGCUUGCUGAUUUUGGUUUGUCAAGGAUUUUGCCAACUGGAGAGGGAGGUCAUGUUACCACCAUAAUCGCGGGUAGUCCAGGCUACCUUGACCCUGAGUACUAUAGAUCAAAUAAGCUUACGGAAAAGAGUGAUGUGUACAGUUUCGGUGUUGUUCUGUUGGAAAUAGUAACAGGCCGGCAUUUACUUGGAAAACAAGACAAGAUUUAUGUAGUAACGUGGGUCAAUGACAUGCUUGAGAAAGGAGAUGUUUCAAAAGUCAUCGAUACAAGAUUACAAGGAGAGGUUGAUGUCAAAUCAUCGAGGAAAGUUGUGGAAUUGGCAAUGGCUUGUGUUUCUCUAGAUUCGAGAAGAAGACCAGAUAUGUCUGUCAUAGUCUCUAUACUAAAGCAAUGUUUAAGAGAGAUAAUUGACUAUGAUUCGAACUGAAGAACACGGUGGCUUUGAAUUUGGACUAGGGCAGCCAUCCUAAGUUGAGAUGACCGUGUGUUUACAUAAAGACAAACAGCAAUACGUAGUUUCAUUUCACGAUAUUUAUGUACAAACACAAUACUCAGUGAGUGCAGAGUGCUGUCACAUUCAUCAUUUCAUUGGGUCUUUUGUGAUAAUGGAAGUGGACUUGGUAUUACUAUGUAUGUAGGAGAAAAAUCAACUCGAUAUAUAAAGAUCGGGUCAAUGAUGGUGAAUGCAUAUGCCUUUGUUGUUGAAACUAGAAAAUGAAUACAUCUGCAACUUUGUACAAGCCCUCCAUUUUUUAGGUGUUUUGGUAUU